UGAAAAUUAUGAAAUGCCUUCGGAUGCCAUGCAGCUUACACCACAUAACGGUGAGAAAAUCAGCAGAUAUAUUGAACCCAGUGAAGAAAAGGAAGCGCAUAUUCAUCAAACAAAAGACAAAAAUUUAGGUAACAGACCAUCUCCAGGAAGUGACAAAGAUUCAAAAUCUAGAGGUUCAGGCAAACAAAAGAAGGAAGAAUCAAAAAUAGUUGAUAUUGCAAAGUCGUCUUCUCAAGCCCCAUAUACUGACAUCCAUGUUAAUAAUAACAACAUGAAUUCGAAAGAAUUGCCGGAAGACGCAGUUUAUUUCCCACCGAUUAUUCCCGAUUCACGUAGAGUUGUAGGCAAAAAUAUCACAUCCACUAUCAAAUCUGCUUCCGUUGCUUCAACCAAAACCUUAGUGAGCAACGAAAGGCUGAUAGAGUUCAACACAAAGCAAGCUGGAAAGAAAGACAACAGCAUCGAUUCCAGCAAUCAUGCCAGUUCUCAUAGAAAAGAGCACACUCUACCGAAAUCCGAAACCACAAAAGAGUUCAUUUCACACAGUUAUUAUUCACCGACGCCGCCUUCUCUCAUAACAGUGAGUUCCGAUAACGACGAUUCACAUCAACUUUAUGAUUCUAAAAGGACUCGAAGUAAGACAAACAGGACAGACACAUACAUUUUGGAAAUGAAGCCAUCUCUAUUUCCAGACAAACCAGGCAGCAACCGGCCUCGUAAGCCUAAUAUUAAAAUCACGAGUGCAAUGUUGGCUGGUAUUUUGAUUGCAGCUCUCAUCUUUCUGGGAUUUCUGACAGGAACCAUGGUGUUUGUUUUUCAUCAACUCAAGUUCCGCAGCCGCAGUUCAAAGAAAACGGACAGGCACAAGAAAAGGGCAACCGUUUACGCUCCGGAAUAUUUGGAUGAAGCGUUCGCAGGAAAUACAUACAUUCACAACAACAUAUUUCUUCCAAAUCCACAAAAUCUGGAAGAGCGUUUAUCGCCCGAAAUGGACACCACCUUCUCAGUGGACACUGAUGAAACGACACAGGCAGCCGAUCAUGCACCUACAUCGUCGUCCUACGUUAAUACGAGAAACAAAUCCAUCCAUCGACACGACGACAUCAUCUCUGAUUAAAUCGAUCCGUCGCUCUUAUACCAAAAGGCAUCGAUGCAGAUAAUGCAUACCAGAGGAACAAUUCACGGGCCUAUUCCUCCGAUGGAAUAUCCCAUGGGAAUUCUUUCCCAGUCAUGACUUAUGAUAAACCUUGAACUGAAUU